GCCUGCCCCUCCGGAACCCGCAUGCGUGCUGAAGUCGACCGCCUCCAUCCACGCAUGCUCCGCCCGGCGCGCAGGUUCGGUUCUCGAGCGUCCAGCCCUCAGCGCAUGCGCAGGACCAGCAGCCUGAGGGACCGGAUCUCAGCUUGGCCCCGCAUUACCUACUCCUCCUCCUCUUCCUUCUUCGGGCCAGCUUUCCUUAGGGGCCGCAACCCGGACGCCGAGGCCAGUUUCGGAGUGGGGGUUGCCCACUUUUUCUCUUUCCCACGUUCCUGGCCCCCAGACGCCAUUUACAGGCGGGUGGUUGGGGUCAGCCUCCCCGCCCCCACCCGACUCCCGUCACGGGAGAGCCCACACCGCGCCCCGAGAACCAAUCAGCAGCCGCCUUAGGUGACCAUGUCUGAGUCUGGACACAGUCAGCCUGGACUCUAUGGGAUAGAGCGGCGGCGACGGUGGAAGGAGCCUGGCUCUGGUGGCCCCCAGAAUCUCUCUGGGCCUGGUGGUCGGGAGAGGGACUACAUUGCACCAUGGGAAAGAGAGAGACGGGAUGCCAGCGAAGAGACCAGCACUUCCGUCAUGCAGAAAACCCCCAUCAUCCUCUCAAAACCUCCAGCAGAGCGGUCAAAGCAGCCACCACCUCCAACAGCCCCUGCUGCCCCGCCUGCUCCAGCCCCUCUGGAGAAGCCCAUCGUCCUCAUGAAGCCACGGGAGGAGGGGAAGGGGCCUGUGGCCGUGACAGGUGCCUCUACCCCUGAGGGCACCGCCCCACCACCCCCUGCAGCCCCUGCACCACCCAAGGGGGAAAAGGAGGGGCAGAGACCCACACAGCCUGUGUACCAGAUCCAGAACCGGGGCAUGGGGACUGCCGCCCCAGCAGCCAUGGACCCUGUCGUGGGCCAGGCCAAACUGCUGCCCCCAGAGCGCAUGAAGCACAGCAUCAAGUUGGUGGAUGACCAGAUGAAUUGGUGUGAUAGUGCCAUUGAGGUACCGACGGGCCCCUCCUUGCCUGAGCUUCCACACGUCCUGCAUCCUCUGAUCCUCCACCCCUUCCUCCACCUCUUGUACCUGUUGGAUCAGACUGAUGUGUUGGUGGUUGGUGUCCUGGGGCUCCAGGGGACAGGCAAGUCCAUGGUGAUGUCGUUGUUGUCAGCCAACACUCCAGAGGAGGACCAGAGGGCUUAUGUUUUCCGGGCCCAGAGCGCUGAAAUGAAGGAACGAGGGGGCAACCAGACCAGUGGCAUCGACUUCUUUAUUACCCAAGAACGGAUUGUUUUCCUGGACACCCAGCCCAUCCUGAGCCCUUCUAUCCUAGACCAUCUCAUCAAUAAUGACCGCAAACUGCCUCCAGAGUACAACCUUCCCCACACUUACGUUGAGAUGCAGUCACUCCAGAUUGCUGCGUUCCUUUUCACGGUCUGCCACGUGGUGAUUGUCGUCCAGGACUGGUUCACAGACCUCAGUCUCUACAGGUUCCUGCAGACAGCAGAGAUGGUGAAGCCCUCCACCCCAUCCCCCAGCCACGAGUCCAGCAGCUCAUCAGGCUCCGAGGAAGGCACCGAGUACUACCCCCACCUGGUCUUCUUGCAGAACAAAGCUCGCCGAGAGGACUUCUGUCCUCGGAAGCUGCGGCAGAUGCAUCUGAUGAUCGACCAGCUCAUGGCCCACUCCCACCUGCGUUACAAGGGGACUCUGUCCAUGUUACAAUGCAAUGUCUUCCCGGGGCUUCCACCUGACUUCCUGGACUCUGAGGUCAACUUAUUCCUGGUACCCUUCAUGGACAGUGAAGCAGAGAGUGAAAACCCACCAAGAGCAGGGCCUAGUUCCAGCCCACUCUUCUCCCUGCUGCCUGGGUAUCGCGGCCACCCCAGUUUCCAGUCCUUGGUAAGCAAGCUCCGGAGCCAAGUGAUGUCCAUGGCCCGGCCACAGCUGUCACACACAAUCCUCACCGAGAAGAACUGGAAACGAGCACCGCUCAAUCAGCUUCUGCAUGGGAGCAGGCCAUGUGAUGCUGGCAGCUGCCUGGGCUCAAGCACCUGUCACGAGCACAGCACUUGGCUUAAGAAUGUCAGCCCUGCAGCCAGGCUGCGUAUGUUCACAUCCCAGCUUUGCCAUCUACCACCUGUGGGGCGUUGGACAAGUUGCCAAAGCUUGCUGGGCAUCUGUUUUGUCUGCAAAAUAAGGUGAUGAUUGUACCUACUUCCUAGAGGUGUUGUGGUGAUUGAGUUCACGAUAAUUGUGUCUGUUUUAGUCGGUUCUUGCCUUGAUGUAAAGAAAUACCUGAGACUGGGUAAUUUAUAAAGAAAAGGGGUUUAAUUGGCUCACAGUUCUGCAGGCUGUACCAGAAGCAUGGUGCUGGCAUCUGCUCGGCUUCCGAGGAGGCCUCAGGAAACAUCAUCAUGGCAGAAGGUGAAGUGGGAGCAGGUACUUCACAUGCCCAGAGCAGGGACAAGAGAGAGGGGAGGUGGCAUACACUUCGAAACAACCAGAUCUCAUAGAACGAAUUCACUGUUGUGAGGACAGUACCAAGGGGUUGGUGCUAAACCAUUCAUGUGAAACCAUCCCCAUGAUCCAGUCCCUCCCAGCACGCCCCACCUCCAACAGUGGGGACUACAAUUUGACAUGAGAUUUGGUGGGGACACAGAUCCAAACCAUAUCAGUGCCUGACCUAUGCUGAGCCUCAAUAAAUGUUAGAUGCCACCAUCAUCCACAGGUGCCAGGUCUGCAUUGGCCACAUAGCAUUUUGCAGUCCUCUAACUUUGCAGAUACAUGAGCCAAUACAU